AUGCCAGCAGAGUGGUCCCCACCUAAUGUAAGUGUUCCUUUGCUAAAUUUGGUAGACAAGAUAUUUCAACUCAACCGAAGAGGCUGGUUGAGACGACAGGUUUUUUGGAUGUCAAAGCAAAUUUUGCAACUAAUGAUGGAAGAUGCUAUCGAUGAUUGGCUGUUGAGACAAAUUCAAUUGCUUAGGAGAGAUGACAUUGUUGCUCAAGGCAUCCGUUGGAUCCAAGAUAUUCUGUGGCCCGAAGGCACGUUUUUUCUAAAAGUAAAGUCAAGUCAAUUGGAUUCUUCUCAAACAAAUGAAGGAGCUGCCCGAGCACCAUCGGGCAGCAAGGCUAAUAAACAAGGGUCAUUUGAGGAGCAACUUGAGGCUGCCCGAAGAGCUAGCGAUAUCAAAAAGAUGAUAUUUAAGGGUGCGCCUACUACAUUGGUGAGCUUGAUUGGACGUAAGCAAUACAAGCGUUGUGCUAAAGAUGUGUAUUAUUUUCUCCAGUCUGCCGUAUGUUUGAAGCAACUUGCGUAUGGUUUACUUGAACUUGUACUCAUAACGGUUUUUCCAGAGCUUCAAGAGAUUAUAUCAAAUGUUCAUGAGAAGCAAAAAGGUCAAGGAGUGUAGUAGGUUUUAAUGCAAAGUUUUGAUAAUGUUUAUUGUUUAGAAAUUUACAUUUAAUUGUACAAAAAAAAAAAAAAAAGUGUAGUUAGAAUUUGUAUAGACGUUUCACAAUUCAAUUCACACGCAUUCACCUCCUUUCA